UAAGAACAAAUAGGUCCUGAAUGGGCCGGGCCACACCGUCGCGGUGGAGUCCAUUACCAAUUUACCACCGCCCUCCCGAAGAAACGAAAUUCCGCGAAGCCAAUCAAAUCAAAUUCAAACAGAGGAGGAAGAAAACAGAAAUCUCCCGUUUACCACCAACAAUUUCGAUCCUGAAAUUGCAGAAAAAUGGCGGAGGAGGAGGAGGAGCCGAAGAAGAGAAGGGUGGUGGUGGAAUCCCUCGGAUGGCUGACGGAGUCCUCAAUUAUGCCGAAGAAGCACCGUGCCAUCGGCGGCGUCGGAGCCUCCUCAAUCAUGGAGCUCAAGGCCCAACUCUAUCAGUCCCAAGAAGAAUCCAAGAAGUCCAAAGAACUCGCCGGCUCAGACAUCGAGUUCCAUCGGGCCAAGAAGAGAAUUACCGCACACGACGCCUUCUCCGCCAAGAACUCCGGCGUCGACGCCCGGGCUCACAAGGACAAGCUUGAGCUAAAAGCAGUGAAGGAUGGAUCGGCGAGCUAUGCGGCGUUGGAGAAGAAGGCUGCAUUGUACGAUAAGCUAGCAAGGGGUGAGCUAUCGGAUGAAGAAGAUAAAGAAAAGUAUUGUGUGGAUUUUUACGGCAAGAGAGUUGACCAUGACAAACCGCAGCAGACACAGCACCAUGAUUCACCUGCUGUAAUAUCUCCAGAGAAUCAAGAUGGAGAGAGCAAUGCUUCUACGCUGUUUAGCACGAAACCUUUGGGGCUUGGGCGAGCGGAUGCGACAGUGGACAAUGAUAUUCACAAGCGUUUUGUGAGGGAAGUACACGAAGAAGCAAAUCAAGCGAGAGAGAAGGCAUCUGAGCUCAAACUGCGCAGGGAAGAGCAAGGAGCUUCUCGUCGUGAGAAGUUAAAACAGGCUUAUAUACGGAAACAGUUAGAGAGACUUAAAGCAGCAUCAAGUAAUAAGGAACAGACAUGAUAAACAGCAGGAGGCGAUGACCGCAAUAGCCAUCUCGAAUCCUGCUGUUCGCUUCAGGGUUCAUUUUUGAAGUAAAGAAACAAAUUCAGCCGAUUGACGCUAACCAAGUGGCUCCGUUUGCAGUUUCUUCAUGUUUUUAUUGUCCAUGGAGGCACAGAACAAUAGCAUUUGACAUAUAUUCCUUGCUUGAGCAAUCAAAAAAGUGUAUUUAUUAGUCCUUUUCCGACGUUUCGUAUGUUUGUGAAAAUUAUUGGUUGGAGUCGAACAUUUAAUAUGAUCGUGUAAGAAAUUGCAAAAUUA